AUCGUCAUCUGUGCAAGCAGCGUCUACUGGACAUCGGACGUGACCGAGGCGAUUCGCAGCCCUGGUGGACUGACACGCUACCUGGAGACGAGCAACAGACAGAUCUCGGAGACGGUGGAGCUCGUCAGGGGCAAGCUGUCUCUCGGUUCCCGCAUCACCCUGGGGGCUCUCAUCGUCAUUGACGUACAUGCACGUGACGUCGUCGCUAAGCUUGCUCAGGAUAACAUCACCAACGUCAACGACUUUGACUGGAUCAGUCAGCUGCGCUACUACAUGGACGCGGACGGCUGUGCAGUGCGCAUGAUCACCACCGAAAUACGCUAUGGAUACGAGUAUCUAGGCAACAGUGGGCGUCUGGUGAUAACGCCGCUGACGGAUAGGUGCUACCGUACCCUCAUGGGGGCGCUGAAGCUCAACCUAGGUGGCGCUCCCGAGGGGCCGGCGGGAACGGGGAAGACAGAGACGAGCAAGGAUCUUGCGAAGGCAGUUGCUAAGCAGUGUGUCGUGUUCAACUGUUCCGAUGGCCUCGACUACAAAGCUAUGGGCAAGUUCUUCAAGGGACUAGCACAGGCCGGUGCCUGGGCGUGCUUCGACGAAUUCAACCGCAUCGAGUUGGAGGUAUUGUCGGUGGUGGCACAGCAGAUUCAGAGCAUACAGAGAGCCAUAGCACAGCACGUUGACAAGUUCAUGUUCGAAGGCACGGAGAUAUCCCUGGAUGACUCAUGCACGAUGUUUAUCACGAUGAACCCGGGCUACGCAGGACGCUCAGAACUACCCGAUAACCUGAAGGUAGGCAGACGAUGUCACACACCAGUGACACCUGUGUUAGUCACUUCCGCCGCCGCCGCCGCCAUGAACGAACACGCUGUCCAGCUCAAGGUCAUCAACCCCAAGGCCAUCACUAUGGGUCAGCUGUACGGAUGCUUCGAUCCCGUCUCGCACGAGUGGAGCGACGGUGUACUAGCAAACACGUUCCGCGACUAUGCCAGCAGCAUAUCUGAGGACAGGAAGUGGAUUCUGUUCGACGGACCGGUGGACGCGGUCUGGAUAGAGAACAUGAACACUGUGCUGGAUGAUAACAAGAAGCUGUGUCUGAUGAGUGGAGAGAUCAUACAGAUGUCUAACAAGAUGAAUCUGAUCUUUGAGCCGGCAGACCUGGAGCAAGCUUCUCCCGCCACCGUCAGCCGCUGUGGCAUGAUCUACAUGGAGCCCGCAGAGCUGGGCUGGCAACCGCUGCGGGACUCAUACCUGGACACGCUGCCGGCGACACUGACGGACGAACACCGGACUCUGGUCAGGGAUCUAUUUGAGUGGCUCGUGCAGCCCUCGCUGGACUUCAUACGACACGAGUGUAAGAUGAUGAUACAGGUGAGCGCACUGCAUCAGGUGUCAUCGUUAAUGAAGCUCUACAGCUGUCUCAUGGAGGAGAUUCGUCGCACGGGGGAGGAGGGAGAACUAGAACUCACCGCUGCACAGAUCACCGUCUGGCUACAAGGUCUCUUCCUGUUCUCACUCGUCUGGACUGUGGGCGGCACAAUCAACGGCGACGGCAGACGAUGCUUCGAUGUUUACUUUCGUACGCUGAUCUCCGGUACUGAUGCUGAGCAUCCCAAACCGAAGACCAUCAAACUCACCAAGACACACUGCUUCCCUGACAAGGGCAGCAUCUAUGACUACGUAUUCGACAAGUCGUGCGGUCAGUGGUCGCAGUGGUCAUCCAAACUACACUUUGACGCCAGCGACAUUCCAUCCGAUGCCAAGGUGAGUGAUCUGAUCAUCCCGACUGACGAGACGGCGAUACAGACUUUCUUCCUGGAGACGUAUCUACGCAGUGAGGUGCCGACUCUGUUUGUAGGACCGACCGGCACGGGGAAGUCCGCCAUCAUCAAUAGCUUCCUCGUCGCUCUGCCCAAGGAGAAAUACGUCCCCAACUUUGUCAACUUCUCCGCUAGAACAUCAGCCAAUCAGACGCAAGACAUCAUCAUGGCUAAGCUAGACAGGCGGCGUAAAGGUGUGUUCGGUCCACCGAUGGGGAAGAAGAUGGUCGUGUUUGUGGACGAUCUCAACAUGCCAGCACUGGAGAAGUAUGGAGCUCAGCCUCCCAUAGAACUACUCAGACAGUGGAUCGACCACGGACACUGGUACGACCGCAAGGACACGUCCAAGCUGGAGUUAACCGACAUCCUGUUCGUGUCGGCGAUGGGGCCCCCUGGUGGAGGCCGCAAUGAGAUCACGAGUCGCUUCACUCGACAUCUGAACGUCGUUUCUAUCGACGAGUUUAGCGACGACACGAUGACUCGCAUCUUCGGAACGAUCGUCGAUUGGCACUUUGCCAAGGGUUUCGAUUCCGCGUUCCAGCGAUUGGGGAAGAUGCUGGUGCAGGCCACCAUGGUCGUCUACAAGGAGGCGAUGCGGCGUUUCCUCCCUUCUCUCUCCCUUCCUUUCCCCUCCCUCUCACCCUUCGACGUCGUCAAGGAGACGACGCAGACGUGCUUCAAGGAGAGCAUCGACCAGCUGCUCGGUCACCUCAGCCACACGGGACGCGUUGCCGACGGCGACCUGCGCAGCCUCCUCUUCGGAGACUACAUGCUGCCGGACGCGGAGCCGCGAGUCUACGACGAGAUCACCGACCUCAAACAGCUCACCUCGACGAUGGAAUAUUACCUGGACGAGUACAACACGAUGAGCAAGUCACCGAUGUCACUCGUCAUGUUCAAGUUUGCCAUCGAGCACGUGUCGCGCAUCAGCCGCAUACUGAAACAGGACAACGGUCACGCUCUCCUGGUCGGCAUCGGCGGCAGCGGCAGGCAGAGCGCGACCAAGCUUGCAACCUUCAUGGCCGGAUACGACCUCUUCCAGAUCGAAAUCACCAAGAACUACACGACCGUCGAGUGGCGCGACGACCUCAAGCGGCUGCUGAGGAAGGCGGGGACGGAGGGGAAGCCUGUGGUCUUUCUCUUCGGGGACAAUCAGAUCAAGGACGAGUCGUUUGUGGAGGACAUCAACAUGAUGCUGAACACAGAGACUUCCAACAUGUUCGCCUCCGACGAGAAAGCCGAGAUCAUAGAGAAGAUGCAGGCUGUAGCCAGGCAGGAGGGUAAGAAGAUGGAGGCGACGCCGCUAUCGAUGUACAGCUUCUUCAUCGAGCGUGUCAGACAGAACCUUCACGUCGUCCUCGCCAUGAGUCCCAUAGGAGACGCAUUCCACCGCCUGCGCAUGUCCCUCCUCUCAACUGCUGCUACGAUAGACUGGUUCCAGGCGUGGCCGGAGGAUGCGCUGGAGAUGGUGGCCAACAAGUUUCUCGAGGACGUGGACAUGGAGGACGAGAUGAGACUGCAGUGCGUCAGCAUGUGCAAGCACUAUCACGAGAGCGUGCGCAAGCAGAGCGAAAAGUACCUGGAGGUGUUGAACCGACACAACUACGUGACGCCGACCUCGUACCUGGAGCUGAUCCUCACCUUCAAGGAUCUGCUGCGCCAGAAACGCGACCACAUCUCCUCCAUGAAGAACAGAUACGUCGUCGGCCUGGAGAAGCUAGAAUUCGCUGCCUCCCAGGUGUCGGUGAUGCAGAAGGAACUCACGGACCUACAGCCGGAGCUAGUGAAGACCUCAAAGGAGACGGCCAAGCUCAUGAUACAGAUAGAGGAGGACACGGUCGAGGUGGAGGCCAAGAAGGAGGUGGUCGCGGCGGAUGAGGCUGUGGCGAACGCUGCUGCUGCAGCUGCGCAGGCGAUCAAGGAUGAGUGCGAGGGAGACCUAGCUGAAGCCAUCCCCGCACUGGAGGCUGCGCUAUCCGCUCUCGACACCCUGAAACCUGCAGACAUCUCCAUGGUGAAGUCCAUGAAGAAUCCUCCCUCAGGAGUCAAGCUGGUGAUGGAGUCGAUCUGUGUGAUGAAGGGGAUCAAGGCGGAGCGUAAGCCGGACCCGGGCGGCAGCGGCAAGAUGGUGGAAGACUACUGGGGGCCGUCGCAGAAACUGCUGGGCGACUUCAAGUUCCUCGAUAGUCUGAAGGCGUACGACAAGGACAACAUCGCUCCGAACAUCAUCAAAGUCAUCCGCGCAAAGUACACGGUGAACCCAGACUUCGACCCUAACCUGAUAAAGAACGCGUCGGCGGCGUGCGAGGGGCUGUGUCGGUGGGUGCGGGCGAUGGACAUCUACGAUCGCGUGGCCAAGGUCGUCGGACCGAAGAAGGAGAAGCUAGCUGCGGCGGAGGAGGAGCUAGAAAUGCAGAUGGAGAAGCUGAACGAGAAACGCGCGCAGCUGAAGGAGGUGGCUGACAAGCUGCAGGCGUUGAACGACAACUUUGACGCGAUGACAAGGAAGAAGAAGGACUUGGAAGACAACAUCGAACUCUGCUCGCAGAAGCUAGACCGCGCCGAGAAACUGAUCGGUGGGCUGGGAGGAGAGAAGGACCGGUGGAGUGAGGCAGCGAGCACGCUGGCUGAAGCUUACUACAACAUCACAGGUGACGUGCUGCUGUCUGCGGGAGUCGUAGCUUACCUGGGCGCAUUCACCGUCGAAUUCAGACAGGAGUGUGUCGCGGAGUGGCAUGGAUGUUGUCAGCAGAGAGGCAUUCCCUGCUCGCCUCUCUUCUCUCUCAACGCUACGCUGGGAGAACCCGUCAUGAUACGUGCCUGGCAGAUAGCGGGCCUUCCUGUAGACUCCUUCUCCAUCGAUAACGGUAUCAUCGUGUCUAACUCGCGCCGAUGGCCUCUCAUGAUCGACCCUCAGGGUCAGGCCAAUAAGUGGGUGAAGAACAUGGAGAAAGCCAACAAGCUGGCUGUCGUCAAGCUGUCAGACCCCAACUACGUGCGCACGCUCGAAAACUGCAUUCAGUUCGGUCAGCCGGUGCUGCUAGAGAACGUGGGAGAGGAGCUAGAUCCGAUCCUAGAACCAGUGCUACUCAAACAGACCUUCAAACAGGGUGGCGUGGAGUACCUGCGUCUGGGGGAGAACGUGGUUGAGUAUUCGCCGGAGUUCCGCUUCUACAUGACGACGUGUCUUCGCAACCCCCACUACCUGCCGGAAGUCUCCGUCAAGGUCACCGUCCUCAACUUCAUGAUCACGCCGCUCGGCCUCGAGGACCAGCUGCUGGGAAUCGUCGCCGCCAGGGAGAAGCCAGAGCUGGAGGAGAAGAAGAACGAGUUGAUCGUGGAGUCAGCGCGCAACAAGAAGCAGCUGAAGGAGAUAGAGGAUCGCAUUCUGGAGAUCCUCUCCUCCUCCAAGGGAAACAUCCUAGAGGAUGAGACUGCCAUCAAGGUUCUCUCCUCCUCCAAGACGCUCUCCGAAGAGAUCUCUGCGAAGCAGGUGGUUGCCACGGCGACGGAGCGCGAGAUCGACGCGACGCGUGACGGCUAUCGUCCCGUCGCCGCUCACGGCUCCUCGCUCUUCUUCUGCAUCUCGGAGCUCGCGAACAUAGAGCCGAUGUACCAGUACUCACUCGCGUGGUUCAUAGACCUCUACGUGAAGUCUAUCGGCGGCAGCGAGCCGUCGGAACAGCUGGAGACUCGCAUCAGCAUCCUUAACGCUCACUUCACCAACAGCAUCUACAGGAACGUGUGCCGGUCUCUCUUUGAGAAGGACAAGCUUCUCUUCUCCUUCAUCCUCUGCAUCGGGGUCAUGCGCGGUGGCGGCGGUGUCGACGACGAUGCGUGGCGAUUCCUGCUGACAGGGGGCGUUGCGCUGGACAACCCUCACCCCAACCCCGCGCCGACAUGGCUCACAGACAAGGCGUGGUCCGAGAUCGUGCGCGCGUCCAACCUGAGCGGGCUGCAGGGGCUGCACGAGCACGUGGCAGCCAACCCCACAGCGUGGAAGACCGUGUACGACUCAGUAAAACGAAAACCCGCUUCCUCCCACACUCAGAGAUUCAUCGUUGACAACAUGGGCAAGUCGUACAUCGAGCCUCCGACCUUUGACCUCGCAGGAUCGUACGCCGACUCCACCUGCUGCAUGCCUCUCAUCUUCAUCCUGUCACCGGGAGCCGACCCGAUGGCAGCCCUCCUCAAGACCGGCGACGACAUGGGUUACCGUGGCAACAUGAUACAGACCAUCUCGCUGGGACAGGGGCAGGGGCCCAUCGCUGAGCGUAUGAUCGAAGCCGCGCUGAAGAACGGAUCGUGGGUCGUGCUACAGAACUGCCACCUGGCGACGAGCUGGAUGCCGAAACUAGAGAAGAUAUGUGAGGAGGUGAUAGUACCGGAGCGGACUCACACUAACUUCCGGCUGUGGUUGACCAGCUACCCGUCCGAACAGUUCCCAGUCUCCAUCCUGCAGAACGGAGUGAAGAUGACGAACGAACCGCCGAAGGGACUGCGAGCGAACCUGCUACGCUCCUACCUCAACGACCCGAUAUCCGACGCCGAGUUCUUCGUCGCCUGCAACAAGACGCAGGCUUGGCAGAAGCUGCUGUUUGGUCUCUGCUUCUUCCACGCGCUCGUACAGGAGAGGAGGAAGUUUGGACCGCUCGGAUGGAACAUCCCGUAUGAAUUCAACGACUCAGAUCUGCGCAUCAGCAUGACCCAAUUUAUGGUUGGUAACUAUCUGCGUUUCGUUGCAGAUGUUUUUGAUGACUAUGAGGAUUUGCCACUAGAGGCGCUGACUUACCUCACGGGAGAGUGUAACUAUGGCGGGCAGUCACCCGACGACAAGGACAGGCGUCUGCUUAUAUCACUGCUCUCAUGUCUUAUAGCCGGUGUGUGGCAUAGAGAGAAAUGUUCAUAUAAAGAUUACAAGGUCUCACCCAGUGGGACGUACUAUGCGCCACCUGUUGGCGAAUACCAGGACUACUUGGACUACAUUAGAACUCUCCCACUUAUUCCUCAUCCAGAGGUGUUUGGACUGCAUGAAAAUGCUGACAUCACCAAGGACAAUCAGGAAACUCAGCAGACCUUGCCGCUAAGCCUCAGCAACGCGCUGAUUACACAUGGAGAAGGUCUGGUUGUGAUGUCAUCUGAGCUGGAGGAAGUGUUUAACAGCAUGCUGGUGGGGAAGCUACCCGCCUCGUGGGCUGCCAAGUCCUACCCGUCACUCAAACCACUCGGCAGCUAUGUCAGUUUGUUCCUAGAGGGCGCUCGCUGGAGCCGCGACAAGUGCGUACACGAGUCCCUCCCUAAGACUCUCUAUGAGACGAUUCAUCAUCCUGUUCAAGCCAGUGCGCAGGGCGAGAGACAGCAGCUGCUAUCCUACUGCGCUCCCGUAUACAAGACCAGCGCACGCCGUGGCACCCUCUCCACCACCGGUCACUCACAAACUACGUGCUUAACAUUACUGCCCAGUGACCGUCCACAGAGCCACUGGGUCAACAGUGUCGCCAUCUUGUGUCAGCUAGAUGACUGAAUGCGGGAGACCGCGAAGUGGUGGCUGCGCUUGAUGGGUGCAGGCUGCUGCUGCUGUUGUUGUAGUUGUUGUUGUUGUUGUUGUUCUCAUGCUUCCUGAGGGUUAAUUCUUCCAUAUACACCGUUUAUAUAUAUAUAUAUAUAUAUUUAUUUAUUUAUUUAUGUAUAUAUAUACACAUAUAUAUAUAUACAGUGUAUAUAUGUGUGUUUCACAUCUGUGAUUAAUAAUUAUCAAAAAAAUUGCAUAUCGACUUGGAUAUUGUCAGUGAUUCCGUCCGUGUUGUCGUCCUCUUAUUUCACAAUGACUGCUGAGAAAGGUGCAAUAUGACUUGUUUUAACACUGUAAGUAAAUUAUAUAGAUAUGCCAAACUGA